AUGUACAGGAUUUUCCGUGAGAGCGUUUCGUGGGAGGAUUCUGUCAGUUGGUCGGCCCCGCGGCGGCUUCCGGCCGAAGCGCGGUGCCAAAUUGCGGAAGCCGACGAGAUCGCAAGAAAUGGACUAGAUUGAUCCCACAACUCCAUCCCGGCCUUCUUGCUUCUUCGCCACUUACUACGUACCAGACCUCCGUGCAUGCCUUCGCUGUUCUCUUCGAACCACACCAACGACGAGUCGACGACGCGACUCGGAUCCGUCGCAAGUCGAUCCAGCGCCGGUCCAACAGCUCGACCUCGUUUGGGAGUAGUCGGACUCGGAGACAUCCGAGCGCUUUGACCAGCAACGGCGGCGGCGGUGCGACUAAUACUGCUCGAGCUACGUCUCCGCGCUCGUCACCUUCCCUCUUCGAUUACGACUUGAACGGCGCUUACCCUUCGGCACCGCCUGUGUUACCACUCGUCUCGACGCUUUCGUUCCGUCACCCUUCUCCUCAACAAUCGGUGCAUUCGAACCAGAGCGCGAACCUCGAGAGUAGCAGCUCGCGACCGCCUCUCUCACCCCGCGGCGUAGGCUCGACCGGGUCGUACUCGCACUCGCCUUCGACGAUGUCAAACCCCAACGCUGGCGCUGGCGGUGGUGGUGGUGGUGCUGCUGUUGCCGACCAGAUGCUCUACGCUCAGGAGCGACGCACGGGCGCAUCGUAUUCGCACCAGGCGAAUCAACCUUCGAGGCAACCGUACCAACCACAGCAGCAAUCGGGCCGACCUAGUUCAGAGUACUACGACCAGCAGCAGAUGCAACAGCCGCAGCCGUUCCAGCAGCAGCAUGCGCGCCACGGCUCAGCACCGCCCCCGCAAGAAGGCCCCUCGUACGCAGCGCCGAGCCAUCACUACGACGACGCCAGCCUCAAUUCGUCGCAACGAACCUACACCGCGCCACAACAACAACACCACGGCCCCAACACGGGUGGCAUGACGCGUUCCGGUAGCGACUUUAUUGCCGGUCCGCCGUACGGAUCCCAGCAGCAGCAGCAGCAGCACGGCGGCGGUCCGUCCAUGUCGUCCUUGUCCUUGUCGAUGAGGGACCCUUCGCAGUCACGCGAGCUACAGCAGUCGACCCCACCCCAGCCGUUCGGUCCUGGAUCGAACCGAUCGACCCCACGCAACCAUUCGCCUGCACCUUCGUCACCGGCUACGAAUGGUCCACAGCAGCAGCACCCCGGAGUAGGGCGUGACUUUGUCCCGCCAGCGGUCGGGGCUUCCAACUCGAGCAUGGGUCCAGGCACAGCAGCUGCAUCAGCGGCGAACAUCUCGUCCCCUUCGAUGAACUCCCUCUCGGGCAGCGAUCGCGUCAACAAUAGGCUCAGUCAGCUCGUGUCCAACAACUCGGUCAGCGGGAGGUCGAUGCGAGAUGCACCGCCGCCGGCUCCGCAGACAAUCGCGGGAGAACCCUUGCAUGAUCUUGGUCGCGCCGUUGCUUUGUUGAGGUCGAGCAAGUUUUACGCCGAGGGUGAGUCUCGGAAAGCCGUUUGUUUCGGGCGAUGGGACUGGACUGAUGAGAAACAACGGUUCUUUCACAGGCUUCUUGAUGAAGCGAGUCGACAUCGGUCCGGAUGGGAAACCCCACUCGGGGCAGGGUGACGCCGUCUGGGCCAAGUGGUUCGUUCAACUCUCCGGUACGAUCAUGUCGACCUGGAACGCGGCCGAGAUGGAGCAAGCCGCACGACAGAACCGCACAGUCCCACCUCAGUACCUCAACCUCGCCGACGUAUUCGUUUACCCUCUCCCUCCCCACCCUUCGGCUCCUCCCACACCGACGACAUUCCAAUUCGCGAUCAACUCGGCGGGCUUGAACCGUGUCUUGUUCUGUGCUCCUCAUGAAGGAAGUAUGAUGAUGUGGAUCAACGCGAUCCGACUCGCGGCGUGGGAACGUUCGAGGACGAACGAAAUCUACACGGGCACCUUGUUGGGCAUGCGAGAACCCAAACCCGCAGGAUGGAUCGGAUUCGAUGCUGGUCUCACCCCACCCGGAUCACCGGCGAACGCUACAGGAGGCAAAUUCGAGGGUUACUUGAAAGCGAGGUUACCCGGAGAGACGGAAUGGAGAAAGACGUGGGCCGUCUUGAUCAAGUCCAAAAAGCAAGAACCGGGGGCCUUGUUCGCUUCGGUGACCAAGAAGAAGGACCGAAGGAGUAGUUUGCUAGGGGCCUUCGGCAAAAAACACGUCGAUUUGACGGAUAUCGAUGAUUUGCCUGGCGAUGGAGCGUUCGCAACGAUGGCGUUUUACGCGAGCAAACCGACCAAGAAGGAGGCGCCCUUGUGUGUAGUGCAGCAUGGUGAGUGCAGCGUAAGAAGUUUCAUCGCAACCGGUCCCUGUCGCUGAUCUUGUAUACUUUUCGCUCAAACGCAGUCUUUUACGCCUCAGCUAUUUACCCCGAAUCGGAAAAGCUCAUUGACCGAUCGGGGCUGUUCAAGAUCGAGGGUACAUUCCUGAACCCACACGACAGGUACAAGUUGGGAUGGGGGGUUGGAGGCCGAGCGGAGAGGCAAGGGUAUGCUUUAUUGAUGGUUGAAGAGGGAGCGGCGGCAGCGAUGCUGCAGUGGAUCGUUGGGAUCUCGGAUGUGUUCAAGGUCAGUUGGUCCGAAGGUCCAUCUGUAAUCAACUUGUUCCUCACCUCAACUAUGCUCUCACCCCUGCAGCUGUACGGUCGACCCCGGGCUUUCUCAUUCGACCCUCGCGACCCGUCGUCGCUGUACUUUGCUCUGCCGAUCGGGCCUAACCGCGACCGCCAAUUUUUGGAUCGCGAACUCGUUGAUGCCCUCGAGGUCAACGAACUGAGGCCUCGUGCCAUCCGUGCCGUGUUCCACAACAUACUGUUUGAUCGCAUGCGGGGAGUGCGCUCGUCCGUGCUCCCACCGCCUCAGGCCGUUUUGCCCGCGAGCGCGCCCCAACUCGAGCCGGUCUCUCGUACGCCGCCCAUCCAAAUCCGGGAAGAGGACGAGGACGAACCAGAAACGGAAGCGGAGGCCGAGAAGAGGGUCAACGAGGAGUAUGGUCUGGGUGGUACGCGCGACACAACGCAGUUGUCGACGAUUGGCGAAUCCGAAUCCCCACCUGCUGGUUCACUCUUCGCUCCUGCUGUGGCUCGACCAUCGUCAUCGAUUUACCAUAGCGCCGGCGAUACCGCCGAAGAACCCGUCGUCAAUUACGCCAACUUUACGUCCUCACAGCCAGCGAAACGUGGCGAGACGCCUUCCCCUCCCCCCGUUAUCACGACGACGAACCACUUAACCCCUCGGCAGGCUUUGCCCAAAAUAGUUACCGGAGCCGAGCCCAAAGCUGCUGUUGCUUCGACUUAUGCAACCCAGCAACAGACGGGGGCGGCACUGAACUUUUCGAGACCGACCGCCGCUCCUUCCCAGCAAAGUGCGGAUACGGAGCGUGGAUCGGGCUCCCGGGACGCUCGCGAGCCUCUGGCUCCUCCUCCUGUCCCUGUCGCGACGAAUGGGCACGGACACGAGAGCAUCUACAAUUUACCCGCCCUCGGCGCUGUUGCGCGUGAAGGGAAGACUAACAAGGACUCGGCACCCAUGCCCGCGAGCUCCGUCACCGUCAACCCGGUCAUGGACAUUCCACCUGCCCCCGUUAUGACUCCACCUUUGGCUAGCACGAGCCCGCCUGUGCCGGCCAAAUCCCCCGAACGCGUUUUCAAACCCCUUUCGUCGCCUCCUCAGCCCGACAAGGCCCAACUCGAUGACGCACCAGCCAACCCAUCGGCGUUGCAUCCCAUUGCGCAAGUGCCUGCCGCCGAGCGAUCGCUCGAGGCCGAACCGGUCACGCCCGGUGGUGCGAGCUCGGACAUCCAUUCCGACCUGCUCGCGGCACUUCAGUUCGUCGAUCGCUCCGAAUCGCCUCCCCCACUCAGUUCACUCGCGCCGACACCGUCGACGGUUUACGAAUACGGAUCGCCCGAGAUAGAGCAGAGGUACCGUGUUGGACCUCCUCGUCGUGCGAGUCAUAGUAUGUUCGAUCCGGGAUCGCCUGUUGACCUUCGUCAGGGGGUGGCGCAGUUCACUACAGAUCCGAACGAGGUCGACGAGUACCAAGCGGAGGAGAUCAGCACCCCUCGCUUGAAUGAUCAACGCGUUGAAAAGGUCGGUGGGGUGGCUUCUUCCUCUUCGUCGACGAAGCGGAUCGAUGCGUCCCCUGCCCAAGCUGCGGUGCCGUUCCCUUCGUCAUUCGCACCCAACAAACGAGCGGAGGAACGAGCGGCCGCCGCUGCCCUCGCACAGCAAGCUCUCGAAGCGCAGCAGAUUGCCAAGAGUCGACCCGGUCGUGCGAGUAUAGUCCCUUCGGCUUCGGCCAACUCGGUCAACCGCAAGCCUCGUGCAUGGGUUGACAGCGACGAGGAGGACGAGGAAGAGGACGACGAUGAGGACGACGAUGAGAGCGAGGGUGAAGGUGAAGGUCGCGACAAUCGACAGUCUACCCUGCCAUCUUCGACGGAACCGUUGAUGAUGACGAAACGCGAUACCCAAUCGAACGGAAUGAACCGUCUCGGAUCGCAGGAUCGCAACUCUCGAGGACCCAACAUGUCGUCGUCGCCUUCCCGUGGCGAUUUCCAAGUCAUCCACCCCGACUCGCCUCAAAAUCCUGUCCAGCCUCUCAAGCCUUUGGUGAACCCCCAUGGUUUGUUGCAUGCCGGGAUCAUCGACAAAGAGGAGCGCUCGGCGAAGGCGCUCGAGGCUGCGGCGAGGGAUACGGGUGGACCUUUGGUCUCGAUCCCGAGCAAACCGCCACCACCCCAGACGGGCUUGGUCGGUGCCAUCACGUCGCUCGAGAGGGAAAAGGAGAGGACUGGAGGUGUGGGAAAGGCGUUGACGGAGCAGCAGAAGGAGAGGAAGUUGGCUGAGCAGGUGAAUUUACCGUUAUUGGUCGGCCUGGCUGUUGUGUCAACGACUGAUGCCUAUCGCUUUUUCUCUGAAACAGCGUCAACGCCAACUCGACGACCUGCAACGCCAGCAACUCGCGCAACAGCAAUACCAGAUGCAGGCGCAGUAUCAACAGAUGCAGAUGAUGCAAGCCUACGGCUCGAUGCCACCCUACGGUGGUGGACCCGCACCCUGGAUGAUGGGAGGCUAUCCUGGAUACCCACCCAUGAUGCCUCCUGCUUCGCAGAUGGGUCCAGCGGCACCGUCGAGUCAGGUUGGAUCACCGGUGAUGAUGCCCCAUCUGGCUGGUGGUGGUCGACCGUCGUCGCCUCCGAUGCAGCAGAACGGCGCUACGAGCCCACCUCUCGAUUCGGUACGUUCUGAUCAACCGUACGAGCUUAAAAGUAUGAUCAUCUAUUGACAAAAUUAUUUGAUGUAUUAUCCCACAGCAAUACCAGCAACAGCAACAACACCAUUUCGCCGCUCAACAAGCCGCGCAAGCCGCUGCAGCCGCAGCCUACCAAGCCGCCAUGGCGCAAUUCUCCCAACCUCCUACAUCGCCGCCCCUCACCUCCGAAGUCGGCGCAAACGGAUCACCCGCUCUUCACGCCUCGACGUCGAUGUCGUCCUUCCCUCCCGCUGGAGUUUACGGUCCCCCCAUGGGCGCUUAUCCGAACCCUUAUGCCGGUGGAUACGGUGGCCCUCCCAUGAUGGGUCAACAUCCUUGGAUGCAAGGGUAUCCUCGGCAACAUUUAAUGUCGCAUGGUGCGGAAGGAGGCGAUGAAGGUACGCCGACUGCGAAUGCGACGGCGCAGGGUUUGGACCGUACGAUGAGUCCGAUGCAGUUACCUCAUUAA